AUGCUAGAGACGUUGUGGCAGCAAAUGCUGCCCGUUUUCACGGAGGAGUUUUGGGCAGAGCCACUGAGGGCCCCAAUGAUUAGCCGGAGCUGCCGCCACCUGAUGUGGUCUUCGCCAAGGCUGUUUAGCACGUUUGCGUUCCCUUCGUCGAAGUAUCCGCCGCUGACGCGGUUGGUAGUCUGUAUUUUCUGUUUGGGAAAGGGUGUGGAGGUCUUCGACACCUUUCUGCUGUUUCUCCGUGGACGGCGGCCUUCUUUCCUCCACUGUUACGCACGUGUUGCAGUCGCGCUGUACUGCUGGCACGCACUUUAUGCGGAUGUGCCCUUCGCACACGGCUUUGUCGCAGCAAAUUUGGCUGUGCAGGUGUUUGUUCACGCCUACUUUGCAGCUGCGGAGUUCGCAGUAACCAAACGGUUGUUCACAUUCCUGCGGUCAUACAUCACGCUGCUCCAGCUUUCACAGAUGUUCUUCGGCAUGCUUAUCAGCUCGCAUGCCAUUUACCACCCGCAAGUGCAGCAGAGUGCCCUCGCCGUCUUCAAUGCCAAGCUAUGCCUAGCAAUGUACAUUUCACAUGCCAUCCUUUUCCUACAGUUUUACCUUGAUGCCUUUUGCAAAGAGUACCGGAGCGGAGAAGCGACAUUCCUUACUUUCUUCCACGCCUUUGCUGUUAUUGGCAUCGUGAAACUCGUGUUGCAUGAGCAGUGCUGGCGGCUACUCGCAGAUACAUUGCUGCUCUACGUAGUAGGGGGCCUGGGCAUUACCUGUGGGGCACAUCGCUUGUGGUCGCAUCGCGCCUACAAGGCCAGUGCAGGCCUUCGUUGCUUUUUGAUGCUGUUAACGUCCCUGGCCAAUCAGGGUUCCGUCUUUCACUGGGCCAGGGAUCACCGCGUGCACCACAAGAAUAGUGACAAGGAAGGCGACCCGUACAAUGCGUCUCGAGGCUUCUUCUACUCGCACGUGGGGUGGUUGCUGUUAAAGAAACCUCAGUCCGUGAAGGAUGCUGGGAAACAGCUGAAUUUCGACGAUUUACUUGCUGAUCCUUUCGUCCGAUUUCAACACAAGCUAGAUCCGUGGUGGAACCAGUUCUGGUGCUUCGUAGUGCCAUCUAUCUAUGCAUACUACAAGUACAAUGACUUCUGGACGGGCUUCUUUGUACUUGGUUGCUUGCGGUGGUGCAUUUGCCUCCAUGCCACGUGGACGGUGAACAGCACUGCACACAUCUGGGGUGACAGGCGCUAUACAGUGGAAGGUAACCCCUGCGAGAGCUGCUUCACGGCUCUCGUUGCUGUGGGAGAAGGCUGGCAUGACUGGCACCACAAGUAUCCGUAUGAUUAUGCAGCAUCGGAAGGGGGUAUCUUUGACCAGUAUAAUCCUAGCAAACUGUUUAUAGACAUUUGCGCAUGGCUUGGAUUGGCAUGGGAACGCCGGCGCGCUACUGCUACCUGGAAGAUGCUCAAAGCCGAACGGGAACAGCAAGCCCUUGUUAGGCAGCAAAGGGAUGCAGAGGCUCUGCAAUAUUCAAAGGUUCCGUUGCCAGGGCUGCUGUGCUGCUGUCCUCAGUGGAGUCUAGUCUUGGACGUCUGCUUGCUGGCUUGCGCCUACGUGCUCACGUGGUGGUGUUACUCGGCGUGUACAUCACGUCUGAAUACUGCUCCCCAGGCGCUAAUGGAAGCUUCUCCUUAUGUGCUCCUUCCACUCCUCCUUAUUGUUAGCAGCGCGGUCCUGGGUUCACUAUUUUUCUCCUUGCUGAUGCAUGCAUUUGUGGCAGCCAACGGCACGUUUAGCCGGAGUUCAUUACUGUCGGACUUCGUGGGUGGGCUCAUCUGCGGUCUCCUCAUGAUCCCCUACCAAAGAAAGCGAUUCAAUGUGCCUGGAGAAACUCCGGCACUGAGGCCCUUCCUGUACACUGCAACGUUAGCUGCUCCACGCCUCCCCGGCUGGUCUGCCUGCUUGGCGCCACUAUUUUUGACACUGGCCGUCGGCUUCACUUUGAUGCUUUCUUUGUGGCGAGGACACGUGCUACUUGUUAGCACCUUCUACUUACUGCCUCACCUUGUUAUGGACACUUGGACAGCAUAUUACUUUCUCACCAUGGAAAAGAAGGGGCCUCCCUUCAUCUCAUUUCGCUUUGUGCAAUUGCUCUGUUUUGCUGAAGAUGACGUCAUGAAUAACAACUGCAAAGUGCCUCUCCACCGGGUGCCAGAGGCGGUCAGCUACGUGAAGGAACGUGUUGAAUCGAUGCCAGCUGAAGUGUUCAGCGCUUCUCUCUCAGAUGGAUUCGCAGUGGUGCACCCUGACUCUCGGCCAGAGUACUACAAUUCGCUCGGACAGCCGACCCAAACGCGUCGUGCUGAAGAAUCUGGAACGUCAGCGAAUGGGGAGGUAGACAAGAAGGCUAAAGAUUUGGAUGAGAUGCCGUUCGCUGCAUCCUCCUCGACCCUUACGAAGCGCACUCGAGCUGUUGGCUCGUAG